CGCCCACUCCAGUCCACGUGGUCGGCCUGGGGCUGGGGUUGCUAGAACUGCGUGUUGCUCCAGCUACAGGAUGGACGGGACCCAGUCCGACGGCGGUGCUGCUCGGUUUUCUUGUCCCCCUAACUUCACUGCAGUCCACUCAGCCUCAGAGCCCUCUCGUCUCUCCCUGGAGACGCUGACAGGCCCAGAUACAGAACUGUGGCUGAUUCAGGCCCCUGCAGACUUUGCCCCAGACUGCCUCAAUGGCCGGCUGGUCCCCCUUUCUGGCUCCCACAUCAUCAAGGGCAAGUUGGCUGGCAAACGGCACCGCUAUCGGGUCCUUGGCACUAGUGACCCCCAGUCAAGGAAAGCCACCCUGCUGGCACGCUCAGCACAGCGAGGAGGUGGACUCACCUGUGCCCCCAGCCCCCAGGGCAACCUAAGGAUCAUUGAGGGUCCCCAAGAACCCCGGUCAGGGAUCCCUCUGCAGCCCAUUCCAACAAGCCCCCCACCACAGAUCCCUCCUGGCCUGAGGCCUCGUUUCUGUGCCUUUGGAGGCAGCCCACCCGUCACAGGCCCUGGGUCACCCUUGGCACUGAAGUCACUCUCCUCAGGGAAGAGGAAAAAGAGGCAGGUGCUGGAAGGACACACCACUCAGGUGGUAGUGAAUGGGCAUGGAGCCCCAGAGGUAGAGGCAGAAAUGGAUGUGGGGAAAAAGAAGAAGAAAAGAAAACACCAGCUAGAAGAACCAAGGAUGGUGGAGCCUGUGGUGACAGGGCCCAAGACUGUGAUGUUGGAGCCUCUGGGAGUACUGGCCCCACCCACCUCUAAAAAGCAGAAGAGGCAGCCCAAAGAGACAGAGACCAUGGAGCCAACAGAGGAGAGAGCUGAGUUAGACCCUGUAUCUAGAACUGAGUCUCCUGAAGAGAUGGUCCUCUCCCCAACCAAGAAGAGGAAGAGGCAGAAGGAGAUGGAAAUGAUGGAGCCAGAGGGGGUGACAGCAGAGUCUCAGCCACAGGUGAAGGAGGAGCUGCAGGAGGAAGCCAUGCCCUGGAAGAAGAAGAAAAAGAAAAAGGCAAAGAGGCCAGAGGUGACAGUGGAGCCAGGGACUGAGGCUGUGGAGCCAGAGCUGAAGCCUCUGGCGCCUCAUGGGCAGACAGUGGAGCUAGAACUGCUGCAGGAAGUUGAGCCUCAAGUGGAGGCAGUCCUGGAGUCCACCAAAAAGAGGAAGAAAGAAGAAAAGUGGCAAAACUUGAUGCUGGAGCCAGGGGCAGAGGUUGUGGAAGCUGAGCUGUCAGGUGAUGUGGAACCUCAGGUAGUGCUAGCAUCCCCCAAGAAGAAGAAGGACAAAGUGGGGGAGCCCAGGACUGAGCUGAGUAACCCGUCAAGGGAGGCAAGGGAGCCUGAGCAGCCGGCAGAGGGAGAGCCCCAUGCCAGGGCAGCUCUGGGAUCCACCAGGAAGAAGAAAAGGAAGUGGGGUGAGGAAAACCGGGUGCUAGAGUUGGCACCCCCAGAGGAGAUCCCAGAGAUAGCCCCCCAAGAGGAAGGGCCAGAACUGCCGCUAAAUCUGGAGACUGAGGAGGUGGCUCCUCCAGAAAGGAAGAAGAAGCGGAAGAAGCAGCCGCGGCUGGAACCUGUGUAGCCUCGCCAGCAAUACUGAGAAGCUAAAAAAGGCUGAAGGU